AUGUCUUCUGCCAUGGAGAAGCUGUUUGCAGUCAUGCCUGAACUUCAGUCGGUGUGUGCCGAUGGAUUGGCUGAAGAGGUGGGCGAGCAGAUCAAGAAUCAGCUGAAAGAAAUGUCCUGGAAGUGCGCGGAAGAGGCGGCUGCGGUGCAGACCCAGCUGGCCACCCGGAAGCAGCAGAAGGAGCAGGCGGAGCUCACCAUGGAGAAAGCCAAGACGGCAGAGCGUGAGAUCUGCGUGGACUUGGAAAACAAGGUGAACGCACUGUUGAAGGCUCAGGAAGAGUUGACCUCCGUGCAGAAGGAACAGCAGAUCUUGACAGAUGCGAGCCGUGAUGAGAUGCUGCUGGGCAACGAACUCCGCGAGUUCAAGGAAGCCAAUAGGUUGAUUACGGAGGAGGUGUUCCCUUGCCUUCUCAAUGGCGCAUGGACCGAGGAGGAAGAGAAAGUGGAGAAGCUCCAGGGACUCAAAGACUAUUUGAAUUCCAUCGGCACCGAAAAGACCUUGGUGGCUGCCGUGGAUGGUUUCGGCACGUGCCCGGAGCAACGAGGCGAGUUCGAUCAGAUGUCCAUCCAGUGCAUCGAAGAGGAGUUGACGCAGAAGCGCCAGCAGCUCGAGGAGCAGUUGCUCGCACGCCAGCCCGCUGAGAAGCGUCGCGAGGCCGAGCUAACAGGAAUCCAGGCGUUGGUGGAGAUCUGCGCGCAAAAUCACCGCAGGGCUGAGGUGGAGCAUGGCCAGGUCGAUGUCCAAGUGAAGGAAAAGACGCAGAGCACCAGAGGCCACAAGCUCCGACUAGGCAAAGCCGCCAAAGCGCUCGAGCAGUGCCUGGAGCAACUGAAAAGCCACGAGUCCGAGGUGGCGAAGCUUCAGGAGGCUAUGGCAGCAGUGGAUGAACUCGUAGAGAAGGCCAAGUGCAGGGCAGCCACGGAAACCGCAGCUGCAGCUGAAGCAGCAGAGCCAGCUCCCGCAGCGCCCGCAGCUCCCACCACACCCGAGAAGUUCGUGGAGACGGUCAGCGAGGAGCCUUCCAUGAAGCGGGCGCGAAGGGAAUCCCAGGUGGCCAGUCCAGCACGCAUUCGCUGCUGA